ACCGAGUGCUGGCCAACAUGUUGCGUCUAGUCGCUAGCGUGGCGUUCGCCACAUUGGCAUCGCUGCCUUCCAUUCGAGCUCUGGGUCAAAGCGGUUGCGUUUCGUUUUCAUCAUCGGGCUCGCACUUCUCGGUUGUUUCUGGUGGCAAAGCGGCACCGAUAAUCUUGUCAGACGACGAGUGGCCUGGUGUCCAACGUGCAGCGUUAGACUUCGCGUCAGAUAUACAUGCUGUCACUGGCCACCGCCCAUCUCUCUCGAACUUCACUGGAACUGCCUCCGGCACGCCCAUCAUCGUUGGCACAUUGGGAAAAUCAAGUUUGAUCGACCAAGUGGUCAAAAACUCCGGUCUUGACGUCUCUUCGAUCAACGGUACAUGGGAGGCCUGGAUUUCGAAAGUCGUGAAGAACCCGCUCGAAGGGGUGAACUCUGCGUUUGUGAUCGUUGGCAGUGACAAACGCGCUAGCAUCUAUGGUUUGUACGACUUGAGCGAGCAAUUCGGACAGUCACCAUGGUAUUACUGGGCAGACGUACCAGUAUCCUCUCAUUCGUCUCUCUUCGUUGAUACUGCAGGCGGUUGCAGCAGCGGCUCACCAUCCGUACAAUACCGCGGCAUCUUCUUGAACGACGAGCAACCUGCCCUACAGAACUGGGCCCAAGAAAAGUUUGCCUCCGCGGGCGUUGGGCCUCGUACCGGUAGUCCCUUCAACCACGUCUUCUACAGCAAGCUCUUCGAGCUCAUCCUCCGCCUAAAAGGGAACUACUUCUGGCCCGCGCAAUGGAGCUCUGCAUUCCAGAUUGAUGAUCCCAUCAACAUGUUCACAGCCGACAUGUAUGGCAUCGUAAUGGGCACUAGCCAUGAGGAACCCAUGAUGCGGUCCAUCCCCGUGGAGUGGGACUUGUUCGGUGUUGGCCCAUGGGAUUAUUCAACCAACCAACAAUUCAUAUAUAAUUUCUGGGUCAACUCCACGGAGCGUUCAGCACCAUACGAAUCGCUGUUCACUGUGGGCAUGCGUGGAAAUGGCGAUUUGCCUCUUGGAGAAGGGCAGAACAUACAACUCCUGGAGCAAGUCGUGGCUGAUCAGCGCACUAUAUUAUCAACUGUCUUCAACACGUCGGAUGUGGCCCAAAUCCCUCAGGUCUGGACCCUCUAUAAAGAGGUUCAGGGCUACUACGAGGACGGCAUGACUGUUCCUGACGACAUAUGCUUGAUGUGGACGGAUGACAACUGGGGAAACAUUCGCCGAUACCCGAUCAACAACGAAACUGAUAGAUCUGGAGGUGCUGGCGUUUACUACCAUGUGGAUUAUGUUGGCAGCCCUCGCGACUACAAGUGGAUACAAAGCAGUCAAAUAUCCAAGAUCUUCGAGCAAAUGUCACUCGCUAUCGAGAGAAAUGCGACCCGCAUCUGGAUCCUCAACGUUGGCGAUCUGAAGCCCUAUGAAAUGGAUACUGAAUUUUUCCUCGCGUAUGGCUGGAACGCAUCUAGAUGGGAUAUCGCAAAUAUGGACACGUUCAUGACUUCUUGGGCCCAGCGCGAAUUCGACCUGAGCGCUGCAAAGGCGCAGGAAGUUGUCGACAUUCUGUCAACCGUGAAGCGUUUCAACGCGAGGAGAAAACCCGAGCUCCUGAACUCUACCACUUACUCAUUGAUUGACUAUCGCGAAGCCGAGUCAGUUGCCGCAACCUGGGACAACCUCACCGCGCAAUCCACUGCUAUCUAUAAUUCGCUACCGUCCUCCGUUCAACCAGCGUUCUUUCAGCUUGUACAUCAUGAGGUGCUGGCGUCCGCGACAGUUGGGAAGAUGUGGAUCUCCGCUGGGAUCAACAAUAUGCGCGCACAGCAGGCAAGGUUGAGCACCAACGACAUGGCGGAUACCGUGGAAGAUUUGUUUGCUCAAGAUUACGACCUUGAGCACGAAUAUCACACCAUCCUCAAUGGAAAAUGGGAUCAUAUGAUGGACCAGACCCAUGUUAUGUAUUAUUACUGGCAGCAACCCGACGCGAACACUAUGCCACCUAUCACCAGGGUUCAAUCGAAGAAGAUGAACCUUGCCGGGGUUAUGCGCAUCACGCCCGAGGGUACCUAUGGUACAUGGCCAGGCGACAACAAGAACCAAUGUGCUCAAGGCUACGGAUGUCCCAAUCCGACGAUAACUCUUGAUACUUUCAUGCCGUUCGGCAACAAAUACAUCGAUGUCAGUGCCGGUGGUCCCGAUUCUUUCAAUUUUACAGCGACAACAAAUGCCAGCUGGCUCAAGCUAAGCCCCUCAUCCGGCUCGAUCACGUCUACGAAGAAUGAGCAGCGCGUAUUCGCCUCUGUCGACUGGGACCAACUGGAGGACUCCACCGGCGAGGCGAUUAUCACGUUCAGCGCGACGAGCAAGACACAGAGCGCCUUGCAGGUACGGAUGACUGUGCUGGCGAAUCACACCAGCGUCCCUGCUGGCUUCAAAGGUUUUGUUGAGGGAGAUGGUGGCAUCUCCAUGGAAGCGGCGCACGCAACCCGCAAUACGUCGGUGGACGGGGUUACAUGGACGACGAUACCAAAUUAUGGGCGAACACUGUCAGGCGUGACACCCUGGCCACGCACGGGCGCGAACGGGCGCAAUUUUUCCGCGGGCUCCGGACCCAGUUUGGAAUAUGACUUUUAUAACUUCAACACGAUCGGGGGAUCCGGCAAGCUUUCUGUCACGACCCUAGUAUCACCUUCGAUGAACGCGAACGGUGACGACCGCCCUCUUUCGUUGGCCGUACAGUUAGACGACAGCGCGCCGCAAGCGACGAAGUUCAUGCCGCUGGCAGCCGCGGGCGCCACCCCAGACGGGUGGGACGGACUGGACGGAUUCGUCGCAAACAGCAUCGUUCAGGUCAAAAACACGUUUACCGGGAUCGCGCCGGGAGCGCACACGUUGAAGGUCUGGAUGAUUGAACCUGCGGUGGUGGUUCAAAAGCUGGUCAUCGACACUGGCAACGUGCGGCCAAGUUACCUCGGUCCACCCGAGAGCACGAUCAUCUGAGAAUGUACGAGACAUGUUAAUGUGUAUUUCCGUGAAGCCCCUUAUUCCAGUUCUUUGUGACCGAC